AUGACGUCCGGGGUCCCGCAGCCGCCCGUUCCAACCGGGGUGCAAACACCCACCAAUCCAGCCUUACCAACCCAUGGCUUUAAUUUAAAUCCCGCCUAUCGACCGGGCUUCUGGCACGCGAACCAAAUGAACGGACAGCACCAGCCGAACGGCCAAUCGGAAGGCGCCCAGCAGACCGAGAGCCGCCAAUCAGAUGGCACCCCGCCAGCCACCGCCGCCGCCCAGGUGCAGUCGUACAACCUGCAAGCCCAGUCGUAUUGGCACGCGCAUGCCGCCAAAUUCGCCCAGCAAGCCAACAACGGCGAUACGAAGCCCUUCGUUGCUGCAGCCGCAGCAGUGGCGGCAAAUGGUUUUGACAUGAUGUCGAUGCAAAACGCCGAAUCUCUGGUUAAUUAUGGAUUUACGCCGUAUGCGUAUCCGGCCGCCUAUCAACAUCAUGCAGCUUUUGGUUAUGGGUAUCCGGCAGCGAUGACCGGACUGGAUAUGAGUCAUCUUGACAUUUCAGAUGCCUCGGGCCUCGAUUGGACGGGAAACCACUCACAACGCAAGAAGCGAAAGCCCUAUACAAAAUAUCAGACGCUCGAGCUCGAAAAGGAAUUCCUCUACAACACCUACGUGAGCAAGCAAAAGCGCUGGGAAUUGGCGCGGAAUUUACAGUUGACGGAGCGGCAAGUGAAGAUCUGGUUCCAGAACCGACGGAUGAAGGAAAAGAAACAAAAACAUCGAAGCCAAAUGGACGGUGUUGUAUCCCAAUUGUGCCCAAGCCCUGAU